AUGUUUCUCAUUUGGAUAUUUAUAAUAAUUGAAGGGGUUCAAGGAAACGUCGUAACCAGGUCGUUAAAAGGCACCACCAUCUAUGCCGAAAAUCUUGGAGUCACGAAAAUGUAUCACCAGACUUGGAGACUUAUAUUGGGGAUAGACGUCUCUGGUAUCAACGACCAUUUUCAACAAAUUCAAGAAAACUACGAAAGGAGUUUCAAAAUGUGUAACCGUUGCUCAGAAGAACUAACAUCGAAAGCAUUGAAUAAUAGGAUUGUUAGGUUAGAAGAGAGUAAAUCGGUUCUGAACCAAAUGCUUAGAGUUGGACGUAGAAAGAGAGGAUUCUUAAACAUCGUUGGUACCCUGUAUAAAACUCUUUUUGGCACUUUAGACGAAACCGACUUAACUUUGAUAAACCAUGAAUUUGAUUCCAUAUAUUCUGAUAACAAAAUUCUUGCUGACACACUUGGGAAUGAAACAAGGAUGAUAAAAUCUUGGCUAAGUUCAACAUCUCAUGAUUUACAACUAAUGAAAGAUCACUCCAUUAGUUCUGUCAGCGAAUUAAAUAAUAUUCUCAAUGCUACUAAUGCUAAUCAGCAAAACCUCCUUAUCUCCAAUAUUAUUACUUUGUGCAGUAUGGCUAUAAGUGAAUUGAGUGAAGAACUCAAUCUUAUUAUCGAUGCCAUAAACGACGGUAAACAUGGAAUUGUCCACCCCCAAAUAUUGACGCCUUCCAUACUCAUACGGGAACUGAAACAGUUCGAAGAUUCUUCCAAUACUAAAUAUCCCAUUCGUCUCAUUACGCAAAAUUAUCAACACAUCAUCGACAUCUCCGAGGUCUUAAUUGUCAUUACAAACAAAAGGCUUGUAUAUGUGUUACGAAUACCAAUCUUAGAAUAUGAAGAUUUGCAAACACUUCACUUAAUCCCCAUUCCUAUCCAACAUGCAAAUGGAUUCAUAGCUCCAAUUCCUACCCAUAAAAUUAUUUUAGUAAACACUGAAAAAAGCUUCUACAUCCCUAGCGACAUGUUUGCGCUACGACAAUGUAAAGAAACCGACGAUCUGAGAGUUUGUAAACGCGUUCAACCUUCUUAUUUAAUCAGCGAAGUACAAAGUUGCGAAACUAAUAUUCUUAAAAAUCAGAAUAAAGUUAUCAACGACCACAUGUGUCAAUUCUCUGCUUUUCAGAUUAUUGAAGUAGUAUAUAUACCAUUGAAAGAUCCUAACCAAUUUAUUAUCAUUCCACAAAAAGAAUUAGAAUUAAGCGCAUUAUGUAAUUCACAAUCUCAAACAAUUGUAAUAACAGAACCUUCUUUAGUUUAUAGUAAAACUGAUUGUAUUCUACAAACUCCAAAAUCUAUAUUAAAAAUGCAUCAAUCCAUGGAACGACGAACUGAUAUUAUAUAUAAGAAAAACAUGUCGUACACUAUUGAUCAGUCAGACUUUGAAUUGUUAACUUCACAAUUACCCGCUGUACAAGACUCACUUCACCACGAAAACUUAAAAUUUCUACGACAAAUUUUUUUGUACGACAAAACUUAG